AUGCCCCCUCCUGAUGAACCAUUCCCUCCUCCUCCUCCUACUGCUAUUGAUCUUGUUUCUAAUAGUACACAAGAUAAAAGUGGAGACAAUGUGAGUAGAAAGAGAAAAGAGCUUGAGAAGAAAAGCACAAAAUCACAAGUUUGGGAGCAUUUUGUCAAGUUGCCUUUAGAAGAAACAAAUGGAGAAGUUAAGGCUGCUGCAGAUAUUGUCAUGCAAUUAAUGCUUGUGACCCAAACAAAUGAAGAUGAUGAUUAUGAGGCAUCCUUUGCUAGAGGUUCCAAGAAUGAAGGCCCUCUUAAAGCUAGUGAUUGGAAUAAGGCAAGAAUGUUUCUUCAAUUCUUGAAGGUGUUCUAUGACAUAACUUUGAUGUUUUCAAGUUCACUAAAUGUCACUUCUAACACUUGGUUCCACCGAAUUGCUCUAAUUCAUGAGUUAUUGGAAGAGAACAUUGUGAAUGCCAAUCCUUUGCUUAUGGAGAUGUCCCUUAGCAUGAGAAAAGUUUGCAUGGCCAUGAAAAUUAAUAUUAGAGAUGUUUUGUAUCACAUGUUUGAUGAGUAUUCUAUGGGGCAAGCAAGUAGUAGUACUUCAAGCAAUGUUUCUUCUGUACCCCUAGGAUCAUCAACAUCAGCUAUGCCAAAAGGCCAAGGUAGUAGAGAUCUAGGUCAUAGACGGUUAGCAUCCCAAAAAGAAAAAAGCUCCUCAGACCCACAAUCUGAAUUAGAUAGAUAUCUUUCAUCUUCUUCAGCUGAUGAUACCCCUGUUGAUGAUGAUUUUGAUAUGUUAGCAUGGUGGAGAGCCAAUUCUAGUAAAUAUAAAAUAAUUUCUAGGAUGGCACAUGAUGUCUUGGCUGUGCCAAUGUCUACAGUGGCCUCUGAAUCAGCCUUUAGCAUUGGAGGAUGUGUAGUGGACUCUUAUAGGAGUUCACUAUCACCAACAAUGACUAAAGCACUUAUCUGUGCCCAAAAUUGGCUACUCCUAGGGAAAUCUCUUUCUGAAUUUGCAUCCAUGCUUCAAGAGUUUGAUAACUUUUAG